AUGCACGGCAUCCUGGCCAUGUCCGCCUUGCAUUUUGUCCACCUGCGGCAAGAUGGCCGCCAGGCAGAGUGGCUCGAUCUCGCGAUCUCGCACAAAAGCGAGGCUUUGGCUCUUUUCCACGAGCAAUUGCAGCAGAUCGACGAGUCCAACGCCAAGGCGAUGAUGAGCUUCGCGGGCAUCGCAGUGGUCUUCAGCUUUGCAAGCGCCCUGCACUGCUCAAAUACCGAUGACGGGCCCAGUGUGAACGCUUUGAUCGAUCUACUGAUUCUGACACGUGGAGUCCAUACGAUCAUCACUCAUGCGUCGGACUUCCUUCGCAAAAGCAAUUUUGCGCCUAUCUUUGAUAUUAGUGACGACGGCACUGUGCUACCGAACGACUUUGGCGAGGCGCUGGCCCGUCUCGACAAGCUGAAUGCUCAAUAUGGUCGCGAUUUCCCAGCCCACAAAAAGGACCUGUACGAAUCAUCGAUAAAUAGCUUGAGAUCUCUAGGUCGCUUCGCGUUCACGGAGCCAGGCUCGCUCACUUUCGUUGGUGGCUGGGCCAUUGGAUCUUCAAAAUACUACUUGGACGAAUUGAGGAACCGUGAGCCUCUUGCGCUGGUGAUUCUGGCCCAUUUCUGCGUACUACUUCACCACGUCCGGCAUAAUUGGUGUAUCGGACCAUGGGGGCGGAUUGUGCUCGGAGAAAUCGUGCAAAUACUUCAUUCCGACUGGCAGUGUCACAUUACAUGGCCUAUAGUGCAAGUUUUGAGAUAA